GGGCCGGCCGGCGGUCGCACCAUGGUGGCCAAGCAGCGCAUCCGCAUGGCCAACGAGAAGCACAGCAAGAACAUCACGCAGCGCGGGAACGUCGCCAAGACCUCGAGGACGGCCCCGGAGGAGAAGGCGUCGGUCGGGCCCUGGCUGCUGGCGCUGUUCAUCUUCGUGGUCUGCGGCUCAGCCAUCUUCCAGAUCAUCCAGAGCAUCCGGAUGGGCAUGUGAGGGGCCCGUCGCCGGGCCGGGCCCGUCCGCGCCCCCCAGCGCUGCCAUGAACUGUCCCCCCGGCCGGCGCCCCUCAGCCCCGGUUCAUCGCAGCAGCUGCCGAGGAGCGGUGCCGGGCAUCGGCCGUGUCGCAUUCCAGGUCCCUUCACGAGUCAUUCCGAGUUUUCUAGCCCGUGCCACAGUGCCUUGAACAGCACCACAUGUAUAAAGCAAUAAAAUUAUAUUGUUGAUCUACAAUCGUGGACCUACUUAUUCGGUGAAGUAUACGGUCAUGUUCUCUGUAGAUACGUUAAACUGUACGCGAUGUAGAUACUUAGGAAUUGACAUCUGUUGUAAACGCCGCUCUUGAGGUCUGUCGAAGUCUCUGUAUAGCUGGAAACGGUUUUAUUUAAAGUCGGAAGCCGGGAUUUUUACAGUAGCUGGAGUACGAAUUUGAAGCAUGUUCAUAAUGAAGCGGUUGGGCCGCGCAGCGUUCUGUAGCUUACCUAAAAGUGACUCGUCCUCUCUGUACGCGUAGAGUAGUCUUACUGCAGCAUGUGGCAGUGCGUUAGCGCUGAAACGCUUACCACGGCGGAAAACUUUAUCCUAUACCUCUUGUCCUAAUAAAUACAAAAUGCUUGUUCGUAUAGAGUUAGUGGGUGUUAAUGAGAAACCAGCAUGACCGAGCAGCGGCUGUUUCUGACAUAACCUGAUGCUGAAGCUCCACAAGCUGCUGAGCGGCUCGGGCUGGAGCUGCUGGCUUACCGAGCCUCUCCUGGCCGCCGGCCGUGACUGUGCUGUAAAUACUUAUGGGACAGCUUUCAACAAGCGGUGAUGGUUUUAAAUUUUACGAUGUUGUACGGGAAUGUUUCGUGCGGGUACUGGGACCCUGCCCCUCCUGCCCACGGUUCUGCUUUUAUGUGCAGCAUCUGCAGAGUGUGGUAUGUCUUGCAAUAUAUAUUUAAUCCUAUUUAAGGUAAAUCCUGCUUUCAACUCGGUUUCAUCUAACGAUGGAUCCCGUACUUAACUGCUUCCCUAUGGAUGAUCACAGUUGUUUCUUAGUGACACCGAAGGAAAGAAGAAAAAGCCCUCCUUACAUCUGUCGACAACUAACUUGAGUGGAAAAUGCUGCUAUUGAUCAUAUUGUGUAGCUGGUGGCCCAGGCUUUGCGUUGGCCGCUUGCUGUCUGUUGCAGUAACACAGGCAGUCUGAAAUCGGUCAGCUGUUGUACACAGUUGCUAAAGGAAAACUUCUUUUUUGAGGUUUCUUAGCAGAAGACAAAUUUAAAAUCUGGUUACAUUAGAAGUAAUAGAAAAAAGUUUCUGUAGAGAUUAAUUAAAUGCCUGUUAGCUGUGAAAGAGCAGAUCUUUUGUAUGAGUUGUCAUAUUUCCAUAUGAAAUCAUUGGGACUGGUGUAAACCAGCGCGGCCAAGAGCAUGCCCCAGAAUCGAGCCGUACGAGGUAACAGCCGUUCCUUGUUCUUGGACACUCGUAUUUUGUAAGUGGAGGUGGCGGGGGGCAGUAUGUAUAAUCUCUGAUUUUAA